AUGUCUCUGCGGCCCAGUUCGAGUUCUGGUUCUCCUUCGAAGACAAGGAGAAAAAUGUAUAAGGGUGGAAUUGACGCAGAAGACAGUCGGAGAAGGAGGGAAAAAGACCUUGUCGCCAUUAGAAAAAUCAAACGUCAAACCACUCUUCUCAAGAAACGACAAGAACCAGAAGAACACACAUUUGAUAAGCUGCUGGAUGCUGUUCCUGAGAUAGUGAAACGUAUAUGUGAUGAGUAUCCUCACAAACAAUUGGAAGCAACUGCUCACUUAAGAACUAUUUUAACACUUGGUGAGCCGGCCCCUCCAGUUGAUGAGCUAGUUAAGCAUGGUAUCCUCCCUCGCUUUCUGGAGUUAUUAUCAAGGGACGAUGCACCCUAUUUGCAGGUAGAAGUUCUGUGGGUUAUAUCCGAUUUUGUUUUCGCAUCAUCCCAACACAAAAGUGCUGUGGUUGAAGUUGGUGUUGUUCCUCUCUUGGUCAAUCUUUUCUCUAGUAGCCAUGAUGAUAUAAGAGAAGAGGCAAUAUGGAUUUUAGGAAACAUUGUUGGUGACUCCCCAGACUUUAGGGAUCUUGUUCUUAGCCAUGGUGCUCUCAUGCCAUUAUUAUGUCAGUUGCAACCACAUUCAUCAUUGCAUAUAGUAAGGGCUGUUACGUGGUCUUUAUCUGUUUUGCUCCGUGGAAUGCCUCCAGUAGAUUUUGAACAGGUAAAGAUUGCCUUACCUGCUCUUCAGCGACUCAUCCAUGCGACCGAUGAAGAUGUUUUAGCAGAUACAUGCUGGACUUUGGCUUACAUUUCGGAAGGUCGUAUGGACAUUGUUCAAGCUAUUAUUGAAUUAGGAGUUUGCCCAAAACUUGUGCAACUUCUUCAGUAUCCAUCAGAUGGAGUUAUUCUACCUGCACUUGAGGCUUUAGGAAAUAUUGCUGCUGGUGGUGAGGCUCAUACACAGUUUCUGAUCGAUAACCAAUUGCUCCCGUGUCUUCGCCAACUCCUUGCGCGUGAAUACACAAAAACCAUAUUUAAAGAAGCUAGUUGGACAAUCGCAGUUAUCACAUCUGUGACUUCAGCUCAAGUACAGGCUGUGGUCGAUGCCAACAUUAUUCCUGCUCUUGUUAAAGUUGUCCAUAAUGCUGAGUUUGAGGUGAAGAAGGAGGCUGCCUGCGCGAUCUUCAAUGUCACUUGUAUAGGAUCUGAUAACAAUAUCAGGGUCCUUGCGGCUGAGGGUUGCAUUGAGGCAUUAUGUGAACUCUUGACCUGUCCAGACCCAAAGCUGGUGAAAGUUUGUCUGGAGGGGCUGGUGAACAUGUUGGCAGUUGGAGAAGCUGACAAGGAUGAGAAAGGCAAUGUUUUUGCUCGAAGGGUUGAGGAAUGUGGAGGAUUGGACAAGAUUGAAACAUUGCAACUUCAUGAGAACAUUGACAUUCAUACGAGAGCUCUGUGGAUUUCCGAUUGCUUUCGAGCAGAGAAUGAGUUGGAAGAUACGAAUAUGAGCUUCAGCCUGCUUGAUUUUUCACUCAUACAACACUUACAAGAGUAA